GUGGCCGCUCUAGGCAGCGGGGAGGUCGCGGGGUUGAGGGGCUUGGGAAACCAGCACGGCCUCUCCUCUAUGGUCGUGGACUUGGGGCACCUCCUCUGCAGAUCGUCCCUCGGUACUUCCGGAAGGGAAGCCGCCACCUCCUCUUCUGCUUCCGCGAGGGUCCAGGCUGGGGUCCGCGGCUGGAGAGGCCCGGGGACGAGCGCAGAGAUUGCAUGACACUUUGCAGAACUUCUCUGGGUAUAGAAUUCUCUCUGCCUGUGGAGCCCGGAAGUUGCUGAGAUGGAGGAGUCCCAGCACAGCGAUCUGAACUCAGAGAGCCUUGAGAACGACGACCCUCUCAAGGGCACCAGCUCCCAGAUUUCCGUCAAUGAGUUUUCUUGCCACUGCUGUUAUGACAUCCUGGUUAGCCCUACCACCUUGAACUGUGGGCACAGUUUCUGCCGGCAUUGCCUAGCAUUGUGGUGGGUCUCCUCGAAGAAGACAGAGUGCCCAGAAUGCAGAGAGAAAUGGGAAGGUUUCCCCAAAGUCAAUAUUCUCCUCAGGGAUGCCAUUGAAAAACUCUUUCCUGAUGCCAUUAGAAUGCGGCACGAAGACAUCCAGCAGAACAGAGACAUAGUCCAGAGUCUCGCAGCCUUUCAGAAAUAUGGGAAUGACCAGCUUUCUUUAGCUCCCAACACGGGCCGAGCGAAUCAGCAGCGAGGAGGCGGAUUCUUCUCUGGAGUGCUCACAGCUUUAUCCUGCGUGGCAGUGGUCCUGCUCGUGUACCACUGGAGCAGCAGGGAAUCUGAGCAUGAUCUCCUGGUCCACAAGGCUGUGGCCAAGUGGACAGCCGAAGAAGUUGUCUUCUGGCUGGAGCAGCUGGGCCCAUGGGCUUCUCUCUACAGGGACAGGUUUUUAUCUGAAAGAGUAAAUGGCAGGUUGCUCUUAACAUUGACAGAGGAGGACUUCUCCAAGGCGCCAUAUGCCAUAGAAAAUAGCAGUCACAGGAGAGCCAUCCUCCUGGAACUGGAGCGCGUCAAAGCCCUCGGGGUGAAGCCGCCCCAAAACCUCUGGGAGUAUAAGGCCGUGAACCCCGGCAGGUCCUUGUUCCUGCUUUAUGCCCUCAAGAGCUCCCCCAGACUCGGGCUGCUGUACCUCUACCUGUUUGACUACACAGACACCUUCCUGCCCUUCAUCCAUACCAUCUGCCCUCUGCAAGAAGACAGCUCUGGGGAGGCCAUCAUCACCACGCUUCUGGAUCUGAAAGAGCCCACCUGGAAGCAGUGGCGGGAAUUCCUGGUCAAAUACUCCUUCCUGCCCUACCAGCUGAUUGCUGAGUUUGCUUGGGACUGGCUGGAGGUCCACUACUGGACAUCCCGGUUUCUCAUUGUCAAUGCCAUGUUACUUUCUGUCCUGGAACUAUUUUCCUUUUGGAGGAUCUGGUCAAGAAGUGAACUGAAGACUGUGCCUCAGAGAAUGUGGAGCCAUUUUUGGAAAGUGUCAACACAGGGGCUUUUUGUGGCCAUGUUCUGGCCCCUCAUUCCUCAGUUUGUUUGCAACUGUUUAUUUUACUGGGCCCUGUACUUCAACCCAAUUAUUAACAUUGACCUCGUGGUCAAAGAAGUUCGACGGCUGGAAACCCAAGUGUUGUGACUGGCGCUGCCCAGGUUCUGAGCGACUCUGCCGGCCUCCCUGAUGGCUGAGCUUUGAGGCUUAAUGGGGGCCUGGAGGGAGCGGACUUCUGUUUCCUUCCCCUGGUAAGCAAGGUGCUGCUGUGCUGUCUCCAAGGUCCUGUCUCCCUCUGCCUGAGGCAUCACGGCGGCGAGGAUGUGCUUGGACGACACAGGAGCAGCCUCCUACCGGCCGCCUUCCUCACAGGGACUUGGGGGCCGCCCAGGGCAGCUGGCAAGGAUCCAGGGCCCUCAGACAAGUGUAUGGGUGACCUGGCUGGCUUGCUGCAGUCCCCUGUGGAACCUCGGUGACUGGUGGGAGCUCCCAGGGUCAACUGGAGCCCUAGAGCCAAGUCUCAGACUAGGCUUGUGGGACCAGGGCUGUCCCUCAUCAUAGGGAGAUGGGGGUAGAGACUUUGUCAUGGCAUAGCAAGUUGCACAAAAAAGGACAGACAGAAAACCUACCAUCCAAUCCACAGUUCGUACAGACUAGUUGCUAGGAAGGUUCAGAGUCAGAUCUCUGAAAGGAUUCACCUCACCUGAGACGCACUAUGGCCGGUCUUCUCGUCACUGCUUCCUGUGUGUCUCCACUGAGUGUCUGGAGCCUUCCUGGGGGGGAGGGGGGGAAGUGUAUGUCCACUAUUAACGGGGCCUGAGUCACACCGGACUGAGCUGCCUCUGUGUUAACGUGAAAUUACUGUUUUGUUUUUAAGACUUGAACCUGUAAAGGAUAGUCCUUUUGUUCAAGGAAACAUUCUGUACAUUGACCUCACACUGUGUAACCUUCAUCUUCCUGUUCAGACAUGAGAAGCAGGUGUGGCUGUGACAGUGACCAUGAAUGAGAUGGACAGAGGCCUUUAUGUCCUUCCAUAGGAAAUGCGGCCGUCAGCAGACAAGCUCACAGAGUGUCUUUGUGAAGCCAUAGGCCAUUCAGUAAGCCUUUGUACCUCGGAAGAUCUCACUCAAACUUUACAUCUGACGUUUGAAGAAAUUACUUGAAAUAAAAAUAAAGACUUUUACACAGUUAAAGCUUCUGUGUAGAGGAAAUCGAAUGGUUUAGAGCACAUGAAAAAAAUCGGCUUUGCCAAUACAACCGACUGAUCAUUAGUCAAGCGCAG